AUGGCCGAAGGGAAGUUCGAUCUGCCUGACGAUCUGAUCUUGUCGAAAUCGUCUGAUCAGUUGAAAGAAUUGGCGUCAGAGAACAGCAUUCCGUUGUCUCCGCAGUGGCUUUACACGAAAUCAAGCGAGAGCAAGAUGGAUGUUCGAUCUCCAACUCCAGUGCCCAUGGGAAAUCCAAGUGACCCAAAUCUGAAGGAUGCGUGGCGCUUGGACGGACCGGAAGACAAGAAAGACCGGAGGAAGAUUGUUCCUGAGAAUGAAACAAGUCGCAGAUGGCGUGAAGAGGAACGGGAAACUGGUUUACUCAGUGCUAGGAAAGGGGAUCGAAGGAAAGUAGAACGUCGCAUUGACAAUGUCUCAAACAGAGAAACCGGUGACAGUAAAAAUAUUGCUUCUUCUGAUAGGUGGAAUGAUGUUAAUUCUCGUGCUGCUGUACAUGAAACUCGACGCGACAACAAAUGGUCAUCUCGGUGGGGUCCUGACGACAAAGAGAAAGAAACCCGUGUUGAGAAGGUAGAUAACAACAAGGACAAGGAAGAGCCUCAGACUGAAAGUCAAUCUGUGGUUGGCAGCGUUCGUGCAAUUUCUGAACGGGACUCUGACCCUCGUGACAAAUGGAGGCCACGUCAUAGGAUGGAAUCCCAGCAGUCUGGUGCACCGGCUUCUUAUCGCGCUGCACCUGGGUUUGGACUUGAUAGAGGACGAACCGAGGGCCCAAAUCUAGGGUUCACAGUUGGCCGAGGAAGGGCAUCUUCUUUUGGGAGAGGUUCUUCAACUACCUCAAUCGGUGUUGGUGCCUUCUUAAGAAAUGAAAGUGUUCUUGGUAAACAAAGCCAUAUGUUGCGGUAUCAAAGGGGUAAAUUGCUUGACUUGUAUAGAACACAGAAGCCUGAUCCUUCCCUCGGUAGGAUACCAAUUGAGAUGGAGGAAGUUGCCUCCAUUACUCAAGUGGCUUUGAUCGAACCUCUUGCUUUUAUCGCACCUGAUGCUGCAGAAAAGGAAAGUCUUAACGGCAUAUGGAAGGGUAGGAUCACCAGUAGCGAAGUUCACACUUCAUCUGGGGAAGAAUCCUUAGGUGAAAAUAGUCUGGUGAAAAGCCAUGUACAUGACUCGAGUGAGACAAAAGUGGAUGGGGCUUUGCUAGGGGUUAUGAAUGGUGACAAUGGUUCCAUGCAUAAUAGUGAUUCCGGAUUACCUGCUAGUCAUAAUAGAGGACUGAAUUCAGUGGCACCUGAAAGUUGUGGAUCUGUUGGAGCUAACUAUCAAGUUUCUCAUGGAAGUCCUGAAGCGGUUAGAUCUGCUUUUGAAAAACCCCCUGUUGCUUCUUUUGAGCUAGAUUACAUGGGAAAGCUGCAUCAACCAGAUAUCGAAGUAAAUCACUCAGAAGGGGUUAUGCCACCUGAGGAGUUUAUGUUCUUGUAUAUUGAUCCUCAAGGAGUGGUUCAGGGACCGUUCGUUGGUUCUGACAUUAUUUCAUGGUUUGAACAAGGGUUUUUUGGGACAGACCUACAGGUUCGCUUGGAAAAUGCUCCAGAAGGAACUCCUUUUCAAGCUCUAGGCAGUGUCAUGUCAUAUUUAAAGGCAGAGAGUGUCCAUGCACAUAUCAGUGAUCAAAAGAGUGAGCUAGUAGAGACGAGUUCAAAAGCAGUUUCAGAGGCUAGUUUAUCAAUUGCACCUGUGGCAGAAUCUAAUGGUUCUGUGUAUAAGCAGCCCUCAGCUCAUGAUAAUUUUCAGAGAAAGUCUGAGUCAGAGGUUUAUGUGAAACCACCACAUGCUGAGGACCAGAGUUUUUUGCACUUCUCUGCUCAGGACGAAGGAAGAGGAGUUUCUGGCCACUCUGCUAUUCCUGUUGAAUCGACUAAGGCUGCUACUCAAUAUCAGAAUGAGAAUAAGCUGCACCCAUUUGGUGUGUUGUGGUCUGAGCUAGAGAGCAGUAGUACAGCAGUUAACCUGUUACCAAACAGGUCUGAUGAUGCAGUGGGGGAGCCUGCUGGUUCAAUAGACAAUUGGCCCAUUGAUUCCCUAAAAAAUACACAAAUUGACUCCAACAUGUCCCUCGAUGCUCUAAGUGCUAACCGGAUGUCGCAGUUUGAACAUGUUUCCAACCGCUUUAACCUUGGGAAUCAACUUCCAUCAAAUCACCAACAACAAUUCCAAAAUCGGGAUAUGAUGUUGCAUUCAGUACAUGGCCAGAAGUAUUCGGAUCAAACUCAGGAUCUGGAGCAUUUAUUAACUCUCCAGUUGCAGCAGCAGCAGAAGAUCCAGUUGCAACAUCAGCAGAAGAUUCCAGUUGCAACAGCAGCAAAAGAUUCAGUUGCAACAGCGGCAGAUGGAACAAGAGUAUCAAUUACAUCAGAAUCUCUUACAGGAACAACAACAGUCCCAAGCUCGACAAUUACAUUUUCAACAGAUUCGACAAGGACAGACUCCUGA